UCCGGGGCUGAGCGGGAGCCGGUCGCACUUAGCCGGGCCGGCUGGGGGUCCCGGGGGUAGGGGCCCGCGGGAGUUCACCCGCCGCCCCGCAGCUGGUGUCGGCCCCGCGGCACGUCCCGGCCCGGCGGGGGCAGCGCUCGGAGGAGGAGGCGGCGGCAGGCGAAGGGCCGGGCCCGGCGGCGGGGGCCGAUGCCGAGGAGGAGCUGACAGCGGCGGGGAGAAGACGCGGAAAUGGACGUGCGGUCGGGAGUGGCCCUGUGGGUGCUGUGCGGCCUCCUGCUGCAGCAGGGCCGGGGGGAGCGGCCCCCCGGCUCCCACCUGGACGAGUCGGCCAUCGCAGCAGAGUUCUGCCGCAUCGACAGGCCCCUGUGCCACGAUGAGGAUGAGCAGCUCAGCUUCGAGGCCGUUCGCAACAUCCACAAGCAGAUGGACGAUGACGCCAACGGCAACGUGGACGUCGAGGAGAGCGAUGAGUUCUUGAGGGAGGACUUGAAUUACCAUGACCCAACAGUCAAGCACAGCACCUUCCAUGGAGAAGACAAGCUCAUUAGUGUGGAAGAUCUCUGGAAGGCCUGGAAGACAUCUGAAGUGUAUAACUGGACAGUUGACGAGGUGGUUCAGUGGCUCAUCACCUACGUGGAGCUGCCGCAGUACGAAGAGACUUUCCGAAAGCUGCAGCUGAGCGGCCACGCCAUGCCCAGGCUCGCAGUGAACAACGUGACCAUGAUGGGGAGUGUUCUGAAGAUGACAGACCGAAGCCACAGGCAGAAGCUGCAGCUGAAGGCCCUGGACACGGUGCUCUUUGGGCCUCCUCUCUUGACUCGGCACAACCACCUGAAGGACUUCAUGCUGGUGGUGUCCAUCGUCAUCGGCGUGGGCGGCUGCUGGUUCGCCUACAUCCAGAACCGCUAUUCCAAGGAGCACAUGAAGAAGAUGAUGAAAGACCUGGAGGGACUCCACAGGGCUGAACAGUCUCUCCAUGACCUUCAAGAAAGGCUGCAGAAGGCGCAGGAGGAGCAUCGCUCCGUGGAGGUGGAAAAGGUCCACCUGGAGAAGAAGCUGCUGGAUGAGAUCAGCAUCGCCAAGCAGGAGGCCCAUCGGCUGCGGGAGCUGCGGGAGGGCACCGAGAACGAGCUGAGCCGGCAGAAAUACGCGGAGCAGGAGCUGGAGCAGGUGCGGAUGGCCCUGAAGAACGCUGAGAAGGAGCUGGAGUCCCACUGCAGCUGGGCUGCACCCGAGGCCCUGCAGAAGUGGCUCCAGCUGACCCACGAGGUGGAGGUCCAGUACUACAACAUCAAGAAACAGAACGCUGAGAAGCAGCUGCUGGUGGCCAAGGAAGGGGCUGAAAAAAUCAAAAAGAAGCGCAACACCCUGUUUGGAACAUUUCACGUUGCUCACAGCUCAUCUCUAGAUGAUGUUGAUCAUAAAAUCUUAACUGCAAAGCAGGCUCUGAGCGAGGUGACCGCGGCGCUGCGGGAGCGGCUCCACCGCUGGCAGCAGAUCGAGCUGCUCUGCGGCUUCCAGAUCGUCAACAACCCAGGGAUCCACAGCCUGGCCUCAGCCCUCAACAUCGACCCCAGCUGGAUGGGCACCCCCCGCCCCAACCCCUCUCACUUCAUCAUGACUGACGACGUGGAUGAUCUGGAUGAAGAGCUGGUGUCCCCCAUGUCCAUCCAAUCUCCUGCCCUGCCCAGCACAGUUCGCCAGCGCCUGGUGGACCCUCAGCACGGCCACGGAUCUCAGAGGUUGGUAGAGAGUUACAUGCAAGGCCAGAAUGAGUCGGGCCCAGCUGCCCCGUUCCGGGUGGGCAGAGUCUCUCUCCGUCGAAUGCACAGCCUCUCCUCUGGACACUCUUUCAGUUUUGACCUUCCUGGCACCAGCCCAUCACCUGCCACCACCACCUCUUCCACCUUUUGCUCCUCAUCCACCGCCACUGCACCUGCUCCUGCUUGCCAUGUCCACCCUAUCUAUUACCAUCACACCACCUCCUCUUAUUUCCUCCAGAUGGACUCCAUCCCUGAUCUGCCCCCUCCUGAUGUCACCUCUGGAGUUCGCUGUCGCACUGAGAGCUUUGGAGACUUGACUCGCUGCGACUCCGACUCCUCCAUCCCGCACCUGAGCGACCACCAGCGUGUCCCCAGCUCUGCCCCCAAGCUGCUGGCUGCCCGGCCCACCCUGCUGACCAGGUCCAUCGAGGAGGCUGCUCCUGCCCUCGCCGCUCCCACCCCCAACGGCGGCAGCCGACACGCCGAGGCCUCCGCCCUGGCGCCUGUACCGGAGCGGCUCCCCGAGAGCCCCAUGGCGAUGAAGAAGAUGACGAUGGUGAAUCACGGCAUGGAGAAGUCCUCCAGCCUGGGGGAGAUCAGCCACCCGACGGCCGGCAAGCACAGCCACUCGGAUUCCUCCCGCUCCCACAGCCCCAGCUCCACCGACCCCGACACUCCCUCCCCCACCUCUGACUGCCGGGCCGGCAGCGCCAAGAGCACCCGCAUCCCGCAGCUGGCUGCCAAGAAGAGCCCGGGGGACGAGGACAGCAGCUUGACAGGCGAUGAGGUUGACCUCAGCCAGAGCAAGAAAAAAUUCCCCCUAAAGAUCUUCAAGAAGCCCAAGAAGUAGAGGGAGGAGUGGGGCAGGAGGGGGGAGUUGAGGAAACCCACCCCGGAGGGCGACCCAGCGGGAGCGGGGGGUCCGGCCGCGCCUCGGGCGCCCAAGCCCGGCCCGGUUCCCCGGGCCCAGCGCCCGCCGCCCUCCCCUCCGCACCCUCCGUUUUGAGGCACCUCGCCCAGCACCGGGAGGAGAGAUUUAAACUUAUUUAUUUCCUGAGCUCGGAGUUAAAAAAACCAACCAACCAACCAACCAACCACAACCAGAAGAUGCCGACGGCCGCUCCCCCAGCCCCCCAGAGCAGCCGCCCCGUCUCCCCUCCCGGCUGCUGCCCUCCCUGGCUUUGCUGUGCAUGGCUUCCAGUUACUCCUGCCUCUGCUCAGCCACGCGGCAUUUGGGUUUGGUUUCAACGUGGUUUUAUUUUUUUAUUUUAUUUUUUUAUCGGUGUUGUUAGUAUUGUAAUUUUUUUUCCUCUUUCCUUCUUUUCCCGCCUUUCCCCCCCGUCCCCCAGCAGGUUCUUCUGCCUCUCCCCAGUUUUCACCCAGGCUGUGGGGAAGGUCGGGGGGGUGGGAGCACGCGGAGCGGGGCCGGAGGCUCCCCGGGGUGACUUUGGGUGGUGGGAUCAGUGGGAUGAGCCACCUCCGUUCUCUCCUCGCUCCCACCGAGUCGCUUCUCCGCACCCCGGCCCCCGUCGCCGCGACGGGUGGGAGGGGGAGAAUCCCUGGAUUGUUCCUGCUCUUGGUAAGUGAGAGCAAAUCGAAAGCCCUCGGGAGGGAGGGCUCUGUCCUGGCCGGUACUUGUGCAUCCCCGAGCUCUGCCCGCAGCCCUGACCCUCGUCCCGCUGGUGCUGGUAGCCCUGCUGGGGUUCUGGGUGGGCCAGGGCUGCCCACCCUACUGCUCCCUCCUGCCACAGGCACGAGCAGCACCGGGGGCUGUUUGCAGGGGGUUGGUGAAUGCUGGGAUGGAGGAGCCCGUGGCCACCCCCGUCCUUCCUUCCCUGGACCUCUGGACCUGCCCAGCGUGGGUUGGGGGGUCUCAGUGGUGGAGCAGCAGCGAGGGAAGGGCCACACCAGGGGGUGUUGGUGGGGAGAUGGGUCCAGCCACCACAUUCCCACCAAGAGGAGGGGGCUGCUGGGUGCAGGGCCUGUCCCCUGUCCCCGUGUCCCCCUCUGGCAGGGUUGGAGGGAUGGAGGAGGGCACUGUGGGGGUCUCCCUGCCCAGGGACAGGCAUCAGCCUGGAAAUGUCCUCCUGCUCUCCUGGCUCCAUCGCCCUGAAGUAGAUGUGCUCUGGGACUGGGGGCUCUGGGCCCUCCCCAAGGACCUGGGGGACACGGGGGGGAUGGAGGAGGCUCACCCAGGUGCUCACAGCCCCUGUCCUGAGUCCACUUACUCCAGCAGCUCCUGUUCUGCCAUCCUCCCUGGGAGGUUCUCCCACCCUCCUCCUCCCUCGUCAGGCUGUGGGUCCCAUCCUGCUGCUCAGAGCCCUCGUCUUGACCUGCCUCCCCAUCCCGGCCUGGCCCUGAGGGGGAGCCCCCUGCUCCAGGCAGUGGGACAAGCCCUGCUCCGUCCUGGGUGAGCCCUUCCCUAGGGAUGAGCCUUGCUCCCUCCCAGGGUUACCUCUGCUCCGUCCCAGGCAUGAGCCUGUCCCCAGGGAUGAGCCUUUUUCCAUUCCCAGGGACGAGCCUGUCCCCAGGAAUGAACCUGGCUCCAUCCCAGGCCAAUCCCUGCUCCCCCCAGCACAGCUCCCACCCCUGCCCCCCUCCCUCAUCCCUCCAGGCUGCCUGGCACGACCCCCCCCCCCUUCCCCCUGAGCUCCCCCAGCCGGGGGUCCCUGCCCUGCUGCCCCCCGAGCCCCCUGGGCUGCCAUCCCGGGGGGGGACGCUGCUGCCCGAGGCCCCCCCCGGCUGCUCCCCUGCGUGGGGCAGAGGAGGAUGCACAACUGGAAGGGGAGGAAGAGGAGGAAGGGGAGGCAGGGCGGGAUGCUGGAAGCCCCCCCCCCCCCCCCAGGGUCUCGCUUUCACGCCAGGGCAACAACUUAAAAAGUGUCUGUUGAGAACACAGGAAGGGCUGGAAAAGGUUCUGUAGUUCAGACAAUUACCCUCUUGCUUGGAGAGACGUGAAUAAUUCCUCUGGUGACUCAAGUGCCUGCAUUUCCCGGGGCCGGGGGUGCUGCUGGGGGUGGUGGCAGAGGGGCCUUUGUGGGUGCUUCUGGAGAAGGGGCUGGGGAGCCACCAAACGAAACGGCAACUGUUGAUGCAUCUGCCAACUUGGGGUUUAUUUUUAUUUCGAUUUUUUUUUUUUUUUUGGGUCAUUUCAUAAAACUUUUCAAUCCAAUAAAGCAUGUAGUCUCUAUUUUACCA